CUCCAAUUAAUAUCAUAAUAUUUACUUUGAUACUUUUCAUCAACAACCUCAUAUUCAACGUUGAACAUACCUACUCAGAUAAAAUGCAUCAUCAGUUGGAAACCCGAUGAAACAAGUCAAAAGGAUCAUUAGUUAUGUACCUUGGCUAUGUAUUUGUUUUAUUUCUUCAUUGGUACCUACAUUCAUCCAUAAUUUGGAAACACAUCGUUGCCUGGCGAACACCAACGCCUCCUUGAUCAAUGCAGACACCGCCUCUCUAGGCUGAUCUUAUGAAUCCCAACAAACGUUGAACAUAAUGACUCAAAAAGGACCAUACUGGAAUAUCUGCCAUCAUGAAUAGCUCGCCCGAGUCUUUUUCGGCAAUCCCGCGGCGGACUCGACGAACACGCUUUGUCUGUAUAUCAGACACGCACAAUUGUACGGUGAAACUGCCAAAGGGCGAUGUUCUUAUCCACUGCGGAGACCUGACAAACCAGGGGAGUUUCAGCGAACUCAGGAAACAGGUGACGUGGCUGGAGAAAGCCGACUUCGAAUGCAAAUUAGUCAUCGCCGGAAAUCAUGAUCUAACCUUAGACACCGACUUCUUCGAGCAGUUUGGGAACUAUUUUCAUAACAAUACGCCCCAGAACCCUGUCGAUUGCCAGAAUCUUCUGACACAGUCCAAGCCUCUCAUCUAUCUCCAGCAUUCCAGUCAAGUGAUCCGGCUCACGUCUCCAUCCGGCCCAAGAACCACGUUCAGUGUAUUCGGUUCUCCUUACAUUCCUUCGUGUGGGAACUGGGCAUUCCAAUACCCUCUCUCGGAUUCUGUCGCUGCUGAAGGUAUAUGGAAGGAUAUCCCGCUUGAUACCGACAUACUUAUCACACACGGACCUGCGCGAACCCACAGGGACGAGUCACGACAUAGGGAAUCAGUCGGAUGCGAGAGCUUGCGACAAGCGAUGUGGCGAGUACGACCUCGCCUCGCGCUCUGCGGACACGUUCACGACGCACGUGGAGUAGAACGUGUGCGUUGGGACCUAUCGAACAAGUUCGUACGAUACAAGGAGUUGGAUAGUACGUUCCAAUGGGAGGAUCCAGGUGUAGGGAAUGAGAAGAACUGCUUAGUCGAUCUCACAGCCAGGGGUGGAAUGCCCUUAGACAACGAUGGCAGCAAAGUGCCAUCAUCCUCGUCGCCACUUCCGUCUACGUCGUCAAUCCCGGUAAGUCUUGUGGCUGACGGGUCUGCGAUGAUGGCUCAACCAAAAUCGCAGGGUAUAACAGGAGCCAUGUCAGCAGGGGCGAGUCCGGGGCUCGGCACCCGAGGCCUUAGUGGGAGUCCGACAUCUGCGCGGAGUGACGGGCCCGGGCUCAUCGGCCGACUCGGACGCAGGGAGACGUGUGUCGUCAACUGCGCCAUCCAGGCAACAAGCUAUCCGCAUUCAAGGCCUCGGAGGUUACACAAGCCAAUUGUCGUUGACAUCGACCUACCUGUCUGGGAAUAUAAUUCCUAAGCUUUUGGCCACUCCGAACUUCCCGGCCAUAGUGGCUUCUUGCCUAUGCGUGUAUUGGGGCAGUGCUUCCCGAGUGCCCCGUAAAUCACGUAGAAUCUGGAACCCUAACACAUCAGUUCGAAUAUGCGAUUUAAGGGAUCACCAUU